ACAGAACAGCCGCAAGCCGAUCCCCACGCACUGCAAGCCUGGCAUUCGGGAGGCCGCUCAGAGGCAAGGGAAACAACGACGUCCUCUUCGAAGAAAAACUGAAGAAAAUAGAGGCCCCUUGGCUCCGGAAUGCGCCUAGUCUUGUAGCAGACAACAGCAUAGAGUAGAAGAUUACGCUGCCAACGUUUUGAGAGUUUGAUUGUGGUAGAGUGACCUCCUGGGAAGGUCCCGCCAAGAUGACGGCGACAGCCAACCAGCAGCCGGCCUGCAAGUCACAUGACUCCCAGCACCAACCACAGGAGUGCUGCCACCCUCAGAACUUGGACAGUGCAAAUCAAAGCAACAUGGCAGUGCCAAGCCUUCUCGUAGAUGUUUUCUGUACAUAUUCCUCUAGAAGACGAGGCUCGAUAUCCGAGUCCAGAUUGACGUACACAGGGACUCUGUUAGCAGUGCUAGUGGUGUGCUUGCUGAAUUUUUCUGCGGCGGGCGCAUCUAAACAACACGAAUCCAACGAUGUCGUCACGUGGCUCGAAAUGUACCCGGUUUCGCCGGUAACGGACGCGACAGUGAAGAGCAAUGUUCCAGUUUCUGUGCUGUGGGGCGUCCCAGACCUGACUGUUGUGGUCGGAAGGUUGUUGCAGUUUACCAUACCUCCAGAUGCCUUCAAGGGCGACAUUGCAAACUACAAGGUGUCUGCAGCAGGCGGUGGCGUGCUCGACUCCUGGGUCCAGUGGGUCGCAAGCGACCGCUCCCUCAUCUGCAUACCAACCGAGAGCGACGUCGGACUUCACUACAUCACCGUCACCGCCAUCGGCAAGCCCAACUCCACCUCUGAACUGCCGUCCCAGGCCAGCGACGUCUUCUCCAUCAAUGUGGUUCCGGAGACGGCGCCCGAGUCCACCGCCGCUCCCGCGUUGGCGUCCUACCUCGGUAACGUGGAGAACAGCGUGGUGUGUCUGCCCGGUGAGCCCUUCACCAUGGUUACCGUGAUUGUGGAUGCCGACCCCAACAAGCUGUACCCCAAGGACAAGCUGAAGCUGCUGUCUGGCAUGAAGGCCCACAUGAAGGUACCGCUGGACUUCCUCAAGCUGCUGCCAAUGGGAAACAAACGUAUCCUGGACGCCUCCGCCUUCAUGGCAGGGCCUGGAAACGUCAAGCAGUCCAAGACAGAAGGAAUGCUGCUGUCCUGGACCGUGGGGUGUGGCAGCGACACCAGCAACCUGAGGGGCGUGAACCGUGUGGAGAAAACGGCCAAGAACGGGGAAAUGGCUCGCGACCUCGGCUACGACGUGAUUGGAUGGCACGUUACCAGCCCCAAACCGCACGUGAGCAAGCGUAUGAAGCGCCAGCUGCAGCUGCGCCCCACUCCCACGCCUGUGCCAGGCCGCCCACUACCCCCAGAAGAAGUGCCAGAGAGUAGCGCCAUCCCGCCAACGCGGGUCAUCCCUACCCAAGCCUCUCCCAUCUUCACCGACAUGGGGAGGACGGCCACCCUGGAACCCACACCUGCGCCGUCUAAAGUCGUGCCAACCGACACCAGAGUGUCUCUCACUGCUUCUCCACGAGCCACCAGGACCAAGCCUACCAUGUCUGCCAGCAUGAUGCAGACUCCCACCAUGCUGCCACCGAGACCCACCAGGAUCGACGUCGUCACCAGCACAGUGGUGCCCAGCAGGUCCGAGCUCAUCACCCCAACGCCAGUCUUCACCGUCCCUGUCACACCCACACAGGUCACACCACCUGUCACAACACCCGACAGGACACCUGGCAGGACACCUGAGAAGACAACCACUCCCAAAACAACACGACCCGACGAUACAACACCCAAGAAAGAAACCACUCCACAGGCAACUACUCAAGAACCGGCCACCUUCCCCAAGACUCCACAAGUUCCAACAGAGCCCAACACUCCACCAGAACUCAUCAACCACAUCGACCGUGUUACGGUGUACCAGGGAGAGGUGCUGCGCUUCAAGAUUCCCCGGGAUACCUUCUACGAUGUGGAGGAUGGCAACACCAGGAAGCUCAAGCUGGUGUUCAUGAACAUCGACGGACUCAUCAUGCCCAAGAACUCGUGGAUCCGCUUCAACGACACCAGCCAGGAGCUGUACGGCCUGCCGAUGGGAGAGCACGUGGGCACUGGGGAGUACCUCAUGGCCGCUUUAGACAGCGCAGGUGCAGUAGCCAGAGACGCCUUCGAGAUCCAGGUGCUUCCUCGCACCAAACAGUUCAACCACAAGUUCAGUGUCAGGAUCGACUACGACUUUGACAAGUUCAAGUACGACGUCAACAAGCAGCUGCUCCUGAUGGAGAAGCUGGCCAAACUGUACGGAGAGAGCGACACCAGCUCCAUUACUGUUCAGGAAUUCAAAGCCGGGUCUGUUAUCUACUCGUGGAGCAACAACACCCUCCCGUACUACCCCUGUCCCUCAGAGGAGAUCACACGGCUCAGGGCUAAGUUGAUGAAGGAUGGAGAGAUCAACCCAGAGCUGGUGGAGGCCCUGAAGCCGGAGUUUAUCGUGACGAGGGUCUCGGUGGCUCCAGCUGGGCCCUGUGAUACGGGCCGCGGAACAGACAGUCCUGGAGGUCCGAUUAUUGACACGGCUAGCGAUCGCAAGACGAGCGAGGACGACAAGUGGCUGCACAUCGUGCUGCCGGCGGUGAUCUGUGCCGCCAUCCUGCUGCUGCUGGGCCUCAUCAUCUUCCUGCUGUACCGGCGCCGCAGGAAGGGCAAGCUGUCCAAGGAGGACAAGCACACCUUCGUCAACAAGGGCAUCCCCAUCAUCUUCGCCGACGAGCUGGAGGAUACCAAACCCACCACCUCCUCCACGCCGGUCAUCAUGAAGGACGAGAAACCUCCACUGCCGCCACCGGAGUACCCCAAGGUGCCCCUCCCCGACAUGCCUCCCGGUGUCGACCCUCCCCACACCCCCGACGACGAGUUCUCCACCCCUCCCUACCAACCACCACCCCCCUUCAGCACCCCCCAGGGCAGCAGGGGAACCAGACCCGUCAUCGCACCCCCUUACCGCUCACCCCCUCCCUACGUCCCCCCGUAAAACCAGGGGUCUGUACAGCCAAAUCCUCACUUGUGUCCAACACGUGUGUGAACUAACUACCUUUUCUUUUGCCAUCACACAACGGACAAGUUUAAGUCAGUAUUUUGUCAAGUUUGAUGGUAGUACAAGUGCCAACAGUAGUUCAUCAUGUAGCCAACCAAUGUAAAAAAAAUUCUUAGUAUUUGCUCUUGAUUCCUAUAAAGUACUAAUCAAUUCCAAUCCGCAGCAGGUGCCAUAUAUUUAUUUAUUGUACAAACAUUAUUAUACCGCCAGGCCUAGUCUUAAUACUUUACUAACCAAGUAACUCGUGUAGUAGGGUUUACAGCCAGGCUACGUCCACAAUAUGUGCAACGUCAUCGUAAGAGCAGGUCCUAGAGAUGACUGAGUGUGAGUUGCAUAGAUAUUUCUGGUCCUGACAGCCUAGCAUGAUUAUCUACAUCUCCUCUGUACUGAACAAAGCCCCUUUCAGCAGGGCGUAACGUCCAGUAUGUAUGUAGAUUAUGUAUGUAGUUCUUCUGACUUGAUUUCGUAUUGGUGCUGAUUUCUUUUUUCUUUGUGAAAACCUGUCAGAAAACUGAACAUCCCACUGUUAGUGAUGUCGUGACCACUUGUAAGUUUGGUUACCGAAAUUCACACCCAGGAUCUUGUGAGGAGUGUGAUGCUCCAAUCUGCCAAAUGUUUCAAAAGAUGUUUGUCCAUAUCAAAGGAGGACAAAAAGUGACAAAACAACCAGUCCAGAAACCACUUUGAUUCGGAGCUGGGAGUUUAUUGAGAAAGUGAAACUUGUAUCUAAACCUAGAGGCUUGUGUCAGUCAAAGUUUUUGAAAAUACUGAACACAUCUUUAGCGCCUUUUGUUUUGACCAAAGAAGGGUACAGUAUAUUUUAACGAGCAUGUUGCCUCUUGUUACUUCUCACUACCUUUUAGAUUUUUUGAUAUUGUAUUAUAUUCUAAAAUCUAUAUUGUAUUGUUUAGUUAAUCAGUUCUUGUUUAUUAUUUUUAACCUCUUAUAUGAUAAACUUUUCAAUUAAUCCAGCACUGUGGGGUAAGAGACCUCCCGUGUUAGAUAAGUGAAGAUAAAUUUUGAGUAUUAUAGAUUUUACUUGAUAUUUUCGUACAAGAAUAUGCUGUGGUUCCCUCACUGACUUACAAGAAGUUGUAACUUGUAAGCCUCUUGCUAAGUCAGUGAGGGAAGCACACGCUGUAUGUACUUUUUCUGCAAUUUAUUCUGGUUAACAUUUGUGCACGUACAGAUACACUUGUAAGAUGGAAGAUUUACUCCUAGAACAUCAAAUCUGUAUGAAGUGAUGUAGUAGCACGUUAAAUCUGAUAGGGGGAGCUGUUUAUACUGUAUUCUAAUACAAUGGAGACUGUGAUGUAGCUGGGAUGUUUUUUUGUCCCACUGUAGUGUUGAUUUGAGACUACUUGGGUCCAGUAGGUAGAGAGACACUGUAACUCCCCCGUCAGCACCUGAUCAGCCAUAUUAUAACGUCUGUAGGUCCAACCUGUUCCAAUAAACCAUUUGUACAACA